AUUUUUUAUGUUUCUAUGAGUGGAAAGUUGAUUCACCCACUGGCAGCCCCCAGUUGCCAUAGAAACGAGGCUCUUUUCCAUCACGCCGGCCGGCGGGGAGUCGAGUGGAGUGACGUCAGCGCGACGUCACGCAAGCCGGGCGAACACGCACAGGCGCUGCGCGACGCGGCAGAGCCGGCAUCGGAGCGGCGGCUCGUCCGGGGAAAGAUGGAAUCCUCAAGAAAGCAUUUGGUUCUGGCAUCCCUUGUGUCCUUGGUUUACAUUUCAUCAUCAGAAGUAGACAUUUAUCACCCUCAAUAUGGAAUUGGAAAUCAGGACAUAUUACCCUCAAGAUCAAGCUCUGGAAACGUAUCUAACGUGUUUUAUGGAAUCGUAUUUGAUGCUGGAAGCACAGGGACACGCAUUCAUAUCUACACAUUUGUACAGAAAGGUCCUGCAGAACCCCCUCAAUUGUCCAGUGAAAUAUUUGAAUCAGUAAAGCCUGGUCUGUCAGCUUAUGCAGAUGACCCUGAGCAGGGUGCAGAGACCGUGCGUGGACUGCUGGACAUAGCGAAGCAGGCAAUACCUUCAGCGUACUGGUAUACCACCCCAGUGGUACUGAAAGCAACGGCAGGACUACGACUGCUUCCCAAGCAGAAAGCACAAGCUCUGCUAUUGGAGAUCCAGGAACUUUUUAAGGAAUCCCCUUUCCUUGUUCCAGAUGACUGUGUUAGUAUAAUGAACGGUACAUAUGAAGGAAUUUUAGCUUGGAUCACAAUAAACUUCUUGACUGUUACAGUCCACCAGACUCCAACGUAUCAGUCCAUUUCUGCUGGUCUGUUAACCCAGUUACGGGGCCACUUAUACAGUGCGAAUGAAAACAGUGUUGGAAUCCUGGACUUGGGAGGUGCUUCCACACAGAUCACAUUCCUUCCUCAGACUGAGAGUACACUUCGUGCUGCCCCUGAAGAAUAUAUCAAUUCAUUUGAAAUGUUCAACACUUCCUACAAACUGUACAGCCACAGUUAUUUGGGCUUUGGAUUGAAAGUAGCAAGACUGGCUGUGCUGGGAGCACUGGAAACAAAGGAUGAGAGCAGAAGGUACAGAAGUUCAUGUCUACCACCGUUGGUGAAGGCAGAGUGGAAAUUCAGUGGUGUCAACUAUAAGUUUGGUGGAAUGAAGGAAGUUCCCUCUAGCUUCCAGUCCUGCUACACCGAAGUUAUUAAGGUGAUACAGCAGAAACUCGAUCAGCAAGAUGAGAUCAAAAAGAGGAGUUUCUAUGCCUUCUCUUAUUACUACGAUCGAGCAGUGGACGCAGGAAUAAUUGAUCAUGAAAAGGGUGGUGUUAUACUCGUGAAGGAUUUUGAAUUAAAAGCAGAAGAAGUAUGUGAAGACAUAAACGAGGUGACAACAGGCAGUCCCUUUCUCUGCAUGGAUCUGACAUACAUCACUGCCUUACUCAAGGAAGGGUUUGGAUUUUAUGACGACACAAAACUCCACCUGGCCAAGAAGGUCAAUGAUAUUGAAACCAGCUGGGCACUGGGAGCAGCAUUUCAUUUCAUCCAGUCGUUGAGGACAGCACCCUGAAUUGAAAAAUGUAUCACUGAGCCACUGAUGCACACUGACUUUGUUUGAAAAUGAUUUGUAUUUGCCAAACAAGCAAAGUAAUUUUGAUUUCUUUCACUGAAACUGACCCAAAGACAUUUCCCAAUGGUCCUCGUGGCUACGUCAUUUCUCCCACUGGUACAAGGAAAAUGUGGGACAAAGGUUAUUUUUCAGCAUUUUUACAAAAUGAUUGGGGGGGAAAAAUCAAACUGUGGAGGUUUAUGGACUUGAAAACAAUGGGUGACACAUCUUCUUGGAUCUAAAAUACUGAAUUGCAUGAUAAUUAUGCAGGACUUCACCCACUUAUUGUAAUUCAGGAACAAGCUUGAUAUGUUCAAGUCUGCAGUGAAGCUUUAACACUUAGAAAUAUUCAAUUGAAAUGAUGAAAGUUCAGAAAUGGCAAGUUACACCAGACUUGAUCAAAUCUUAAAAAAUCCUAAAUGGAAGACCAGUCUUUAAGAUGUUUUUAUCAUUUAAAUCUGUUGAGGCACUAGGGUUGUCAAAUCUUCCUAAUGAACAACUUUUGGCUCUCCCAGCAGAUGAACGUGGUGAAGAGGGAGAGGAUUAACUUUACGUGUGAAGAAUGAAAAGAUACUUAUGACAGUCUUGGAUGCCAAAUAACAAAGUUAGUUUAGGGUUGGGGUUAGCCCCAGAUGUUCAUUUAUACAGCCUAGGGAAGGGAAGGGUUCAGAGAAAGGCCAAACACUCUUCCUCUGAUAUUAUCACUUUAGUUGUAACUUAAAAUGACACACCUUUCAGCCUCUGCAUCAAUUUAAAUGCAUCUUUCUGAAUUUCAAAUAGAGGAUUGAAAUAAAAUAUCUACUGGUAGAGAGGAUGCAAAAUCCAGCUUUAAUUAGACAAAGCCAAUGAAUUGACUUGUGAUAAACAAUAUCACUGAGGUCUCGAGGUGCAGAUUAAUCAAUAGUAGUGACACUGGAAAGACUAAUCUUUUAAGGUUACUUCAAAUGAGAUAUUCUAUCCAGCUAAUCUAUAUUUAAAUUAUUGAGAAUGGACAUAUUUAAAGUUUUAAUCAGUCUACACUACAGGGAGCUUAACUUGUUAAUACUGACUCGUCCUCACUCAACAAGUUAACUCUGAAGUUUAAAACUAACCUGUUUGCAACUCAGUUUUCAACCAAAUAAAGGUCUGGAUUCUGGAAAACAGGAGCGUAUUUUUAGCUGAGAAACACAAGUGGCUGCUGUCUGCAAAUUUCUUGCAACUGCACUUGAUCUCUAUUCCAGAAUCUAUUCUAGCUCCUGUGAAACAAUACUUAUUUUUAAAAUGCAUAUUGCACUUAACUUUGGCUGUAAUUAAUACUUUAUACAAAGAGUCACUUGUGAUUAUUGAAAAAAUUUAAGGACAUCAUGUCAUGUAAAUUUAACAUCUGAUAUUUUGUAUCAAUUAUUUUUUUAAUUAAACAAUAUUGGAUAUGA